CAUGGGGGAGGUGGCCAACAAUAACGAAGGAGAAGCAGCAGCAGGAGGAGGAGGAGAAAGAGAGUCGUCUCCGGCAUCGCCGCACUUUGUGAUGGUGCAUGGAAUAUGGCACGGGGGAUGGUGCUGGUACAAGAUCAGGUGCCUCUUGGAGAGCUCCGGCUACAAAGUCUCUUGUCUUGACCUCAAGGCCGCCGGAAUCCACCCAUCCGAAGCCUCCUCCGUUCUCACCUUCGAUGAUUACAACCAACCUCUCAUCGACUUCCUCUCUGCUUUGCCUCCCCAUGAUCAAGUGAUAUUGGUUGGGCACAGUGCUGGCGGGUUGAGCGUGACGGACGCCAUUCAUAAGCUUGGGAAGAAGAUUCAUGUCGCCAUCUACGUGGGUGCCACCAUGUUGCGUUCCGGUUUCUCCACCGACCUCGAUAUCCAGGAGGGUUCACCAGAUUUAUCCGAUGAACUAGGGUUUGGAUUGGGACCAGACCAGCUUCCCACCAGCUGCUUUGUGAAGAAAGAAUUUCAGCGCAAGCUCAUGUACAGCUUGAGCCCUCUAGAGGACUCAAUCCUUGCAUCAAUGCUAUUGCGUCCAGGACCACUAUUGGCGUUAAUGCAGGCACGGUUCAGUGAGGGAGCCGAAGCGGAACAAGUGAAGAGGGUAUACAUAAAGACGCUGCAUGACCGGGUCCUCAAGCCCGAGCAGCAAGAUGCAAUGGUUAAAAGGUGGCCACCUUCCCAGGUGUUUGCUCUGGAGAGUGACCACAGCCCCUUCUUCUCCACUCCCUUUCAGCUCUUCACCUCUCUGCUCAAGGCCUCUGCUUCUAUUCCUUCCAAUUAAGAAGCUUUGUAAGUUGUAACACAGUCAGUACCUCCAAAUAUUUAUUCUUCAUUAAUGAAUUCUAUGUUUAACCA